GUGAUUUGGGUGCCAUAUUGAAAAAUUCCUACCUUUGAAAAGGUAAAAGAUACUGUGCUACUGAAAAUGUGUUGGACUUUCCUAAUGGUGGUACUCGUCUCUGCAAAUCAUCAUGUGCAAGGUUAUGCAUUCCUUACCAUAAACAAGAGUUUGGCAGUAAUUGGUCAGUCUUUGGUGUUCGUAUAUAGAAGUGAUGUCAAUAUAACUGAUGCUAUAACUUUCAAGUUGAAUGACAUGGUACAAGGUCGAUGUAUAAACAAGUAUGGACAGUGUGGGUCAUUGGAAGGAUUUAAUAUCACAAGACAAUCUGCACGUGUCAUGACUCUGGAAAUUGCUUCAUUUAAUGAAACAGUACAUGCUGGUAAAUGGACGGUUUGGGAUACAUCAAACAAUAUACAUACACUAGAAUUAUCGAAACCCUUUGCAACUGUGGUUAACACAUCUCUGAUUGACAUUGCUAGUGCAUGUCCAGUUCAAACAGACAUUGAUUCUUUGCAUUAUUUUACUGUGAACAUAACGACUGGCUGUGCUUAUCCUAUUGUGAACAUCUCAUGGUUUUCUACUGGCAACAAUAAUAAGACACUAGAGCCAGUUAUUACCUCUGAUGCUGUUGGGUGUGCUGCUCCCCAAGUGAAGACUAUUGCUGAACUAAAACUGAAUCAUUUAACUCUACAAGGCAGAGUUAAUCUCACAGCAAACAUGAUUCAUCCAUCUUUUGACAAUGCAGUUUAUGACACAUGGAUUUGUGUCACUGAUUUUCCAGAUGUUCCAGAGAGCAUGUCUGCAUUAAGUGCAGGUGCUAUAUCCGGAAUUGUGAUCGCUGUUUUACUUGCUGUUGCUAUUCCUACUGUUUGGAUAGUUUAUAAGAGGAAAAUAAAGAAGAAAGCUGAAGAUGUGCAGAACGAAGAUAAUAAAGAAGACCAAAAUUAAAAAUAACUAUAGUUCGUUUGUAUUGAAUGGUAACUGGUGACUUGUCCUGUAACUGUAUAAAGAAUACGGUUGAAAUUCACAUACAAAAACACAUUGUUAGUCUUAAACCCAGAGGAACUCUCAUAACAUUUUAAGAAAAAACUACCAAAACAACAUUCUGUCUAAAUAAUCAAAAAUAGCUGCUUAAAACUAUUAACUCUAUAGAUUAAAUCUCAUUUUUAAUACGGGGGGGAGGGGGGGGGGGGGAUGAAGGGAAAAUGCUGGAACAGCGAAGGUAGGCAAUUUUACUUGACUUAUUGCUUCUAAUCAUUAAAUCAGUAAAUGAACAUCAACGGCAGAAGUGCAUGUGCACGUCCAGCUGCUUUGCACUGGCAAUUUCAUUAAUUGUUUUCAUCUAUGUAUCAAAAAGAUGGCUGUACCUUGGAAUUUAAACAGACAGUCCUGAAUUUUGUACCAUUAUAACAUGUUUUUCACUAACAGUUGAUAUGGUCAAAUGAUAAAUGACAAAUAGACAUGUAACUGUAUAAUGAAUAAUGUACAAAUUAGAGAGUGCCUUCCAAUAAUUUUAUAUGUACAAAAAAUAUAUAUUAGAAUGUAAAAUAAUAACAAUAAAAAUUACUGCAACAAUCAUUAGAUGACAUACAAUAGAUAUACAGACAGUGGUAUUCUAAAGAAGAAAAUGUAUUUAAUAUGCAAUUCUAAUCACCAAAGAUAUUAUGUUAGUCGGAAACAUCUUGCAGUAAACUCAGGACAGUUACUCAGUUUAUUUAAUACCUGUAUGCUAAGAAAUGAUAAUAUAUAAUAACAAGAAGAAGAAGAAGAAAUAAAUAUAUAAAUAAAUUUAAGCUAGUAGGUAUGGGACAAAACUUAACUAUAUGUUUUAACAUUAUA